AUGUUCCAAAAAACAAGUCCAAAUCGUAUUUAAGCCAAAGUCAAGAACCAAAAAGUACAUUUUGCAUGAAGUAAAUGGGAGAGAGAGAGGCACAGUUAUUCGCGUUGCGGGAUCUCUGCCAGAUAACACGAACUUCCUUUAAUCUUUGGAGACAUGGAUGUGAUUAUAAAAGCAGCACGGCACACCUCGAACUCAUGAACGUGCUAACAACACGCCGGCCACUUCUCCAUAACUUCGUAAAGACCGUUACAUAACGGGUCGGCAGAGAUGAGAGACAUCAUAGGAAUGGCGCUGGCACUCGUUGUUCUGAGGGUUCGCGGAGAAAACAUCAGUGACGGUUUUUGUACAGAUGGAAAAUGCUUCGUCGUCCACGUAGACAGCUCGAGUUUUGACGCUGCCCAGCUCGUCUGUCAAGAGAAAGGCGGACAUCUGAUGACCGUACGCAGCCAAAAAGUGGCCGAUGAUCUCGGUGGGUUGUUGAACGGCGCUUCUGGAAACUUUUGGCUUGGGCUGAAAUACGCCGACAAUCAGUGUUCAAACCCAAACGAUGGGUUAAAGGGAUUCAAAUGGGUGACUGGAGACAACACAACCCAUUACGUCAACUGGAAAAACGACUUAACGGUUUGUUCUCCACUAUGUGUUUCGGUAUCACACAAAGAUGGGCUUAAAUGGACCGAAAGACCGUGCAAUGACAAAAUUGAGGGUUAUUUGUGCGAAUACGACAACAAAUCGUAUUUAAGCCAAAGUCAAGAACCAAAAAGUACAUUUUGCAUGAAGUAAAUGAAGCUUCUUUUUACAGUAGAAUUUUGGUGACAAUUAAACACAUUCUCUUUCAUUUUUCCUCAAUCCUUUUGUUUAAAAAAAAAAUCCAGAACUUCUUAAUGAUGAUUAUAUUAAAUGUUUUUACAAUAUUUCACUGUACUAAUUUUUUUUUUUUUUAAAAUUGAAUCAACAUGAAGCUAAAAUAUAAUAAAAUAUAAUAAAUAUUUAUGUCCAGUUGAUAUAAAAAAUAUAUUUACAAAACAGUGGCCCUGAAAAGUAUUUGGAUGCUUAAGUCACAAUAAAUAAAUAAAUAAAUAAAUAACAUAAAUAAACAACAUUAGUGCAUUAACUGACAAGAUCUAACUCAAAGUAAGUGUAAUUUAAGUUAAGCAUGAAUCAAGUAUCCAAUGCAUGGAGCAAAACAAAUUUUCUCAUGGCAAAUUACAAGAACAAACAUUUGUGCACAUGCAUAAUUAUACUAUUUAAUGAGUUAAAUAAUUAAACAAGUUUUUUUUAGGAAAAAUAAACUCAUAAAUAAAAAUAAAUAAACAUUGAAUUAAAAUAUGCUUUGUAAAAAAAAAUGUAAAAACAAAGAAGCAAAGAAAAUACUAUUUCAGUCUACUUCAAAAUUUCACGUUUCUUUUUAAUUAUUUGUGAAAUUCACUAGAAAUUUCUGAGCAGUGUUGGGUUAAUGCAUUACAAGUAACAUGAGUUACGUUAUCUGAUUAUUAGUAAAGUAAUGCAUUACUUUUUCAUUUACAAGAAAAUAUCAGCGUUACGCUACUUUUUCAAAUUUUGCCAGUUCCUUUUUCCAUUUAUUGAUUGAAAGCUCUCCUGUGCCCAUGCUGAGAGAAAUCCGGAGUAAGAUGUUACUUUAAUUCUAGAAUAAAUGUGAACAUGCAUUACCUAAUUCAUCUCACAAAAAAACAAAAACAGAUUGAGUAUUACUCAACAUGAAUAAAAACAUUCAAAUGCAACUCAGAAUAUGAAGCAUAACUUGCAAUAAUUAAAUAUGUUAAAUAAUACAAAUAUCCUUUAUUUAGGCUAUUUAAUCCCAUUUUAUUAAUCAGGUGUCUUUGCUGCUAACCUUCGAUGAUCCAAUUUGACCAUACUACUAAGGAAAGAUUUCUCAAGAUAACAUUUGCUUUAUUUAUUGCUGAAAAGUGUUGAUCUUCUUCUGUACUGUACAUUCAUUUUAUUUCCCUUCACCCUGAAGCUUUGGGUGUGAAAGGGCUUUUACAACUGGUCACCUUAGUACUAUAAGGCUCUAUCUGACAUUUUUGUCAAAACUGAGUUAUUCACAUAUUCUUAUUAUGUGACAACUUAUUUACAUUAUGUGAUGUUUCUUUUGUAAACUGUGUACAUUUUGGGCCUCUUUUUAGAAAGCAAAAAUGGUUCUAUCUAUAGAAGUCUAUGGAACGCAAAAAUUUUGAAGCUCAAUAUCCCAAAAGUGCUCAGAAUGCAGAUAGAACCUUAUAAUUCUAAGGCGAUGAAUUGUCAAAAAUAGAAGUUAGUAUAGGCUAUUAAAAACAAACAAUCCCAGCUCAGAUUUUAAAAGUAACGCAAAGGUGAUGCAAUGCAUUACUUUCCAUAAAAAGUAACUAACAUAACUGUUUUUUUGUUUUAAAUCUAUCUAUCUAUCUAUCUAUCUGUCUAUAUGUGGAGGAGAAUAGCUUGACCAAAACAUAAUCAGGCGACAACGGGACAUCUGUUCGCGGUAACUAAUUUGGAAAUUAAAUUCCAAAUUUAAUUUCCAAACCCCAUGCGCCCCAGCAGGGUCAGAAAGAAAGAGAAAGAGAAAGAGAGAGAGAGGCACAGUUAAUGGCGUUGCGGGAUCUCUGCCAGAUAACAUGAACUUCCUUUAAUUUCUGGAGACAUGGAUGUGAUUAUAAAUGCGGCACGGCACACCUCGAACUCAUGUACUUUGGAUCAAAGAGACUUCUUAAAAAAAAAAAAACAUUAAAAAUCUUACUGUUCAAAAACUUUUGACUGAUAGUGUACAUAUCUAUCUAUUUUAGGAGGAGUAUAGCUUGACCAAAACAUAGUUAGGCGAAAAGGGGACAUCUAUUCGCGGUAACUAAUUUGGAAAUUAAUCCUCAAGAUGAAUAUCGUAUAUCCAAACCCAUGCGCGCCAGCAGGGAUAGGAAAAAAUAGAGAGAGGGAGAGGAGGAGAGAGGGAGGGAGAGAGAGAGGGGGGAGAGGCACAGUUAUUCGCGUUGCGGGAUCUCUGCCAGAUAACACGAACUUCCUUGAAUUUUUGGAGACAUGGAUGUGAUUAUAAAAGCAGCACGGCACACCUCGAACUCAUGAACGUGCUAACAACACGCCGGCCACUUCUCCAUAACUUCGUAAAGACCGUUACAUAACGGGUCAGCAGAGAUGAGAGACAUCAUAGGAAUGGCGCUGGCGCUCGUUGUUCUGAGGGUUCGCGGAGAAAACAUCAGUGACGGUUUUUGUACAGAUGGAAAAUGCUUCGUCGUCCACGUAGACAGCUCGAGUUUUGACGCUGCCCAGCUCGUCUGUCAAGAGAAAGGCGGACAUCUGAUGACCGUACGCAGCCAAAAAGUGGCCGAUGAUCUCGGUGGGUUGUUGAACGGCGCUUCUGGAAACUUUUGGCUUGGGCUGAAAUACGCCGACAAUCAGUGUUCAAACCCAAACGAUGGGUUAAAGGGAUUCAAAUGGGUGACUGGAGACAACACAACCCAUUACGUCAACUGGAAAAACGACUUAACGGUUUGUUCUCCACUAUGUGUUUCAGUAUCACACAAAGAUGGGCUUAAAUGGACCGAAAGACCGUGCAAUGACAAAAUUGAGGGUUAUUUGUGCGAAUACGACAACACCGGUUACUGUCCGCCGCUUAGCACUGAUGCAUCAGUCUCAUAUCAAACUCUUUACGGAUUUACAGCAAAGGAAGAACUCAAAGAGAUUCCUCAAUUUACCAAUGGGACAUUGCUGCCGCUGAGAACGAGACACAUUUGUGUCGAAGGUUACUGGCUUAAAGCACCUUGGAAUUGUGAAGUUUUUAAUGGUGGGUGUGAGAAUAAGUGCGUUCAGAAUGGACGAAGCUUCGCCUGCAUCUGUCCGCCUGGAUUCGAACUCGACAACAACGGAGUCACAUGCAGUCAACAGGACGAUGACCCUUGUGAUUUGGCGAAAUGUGUGCGUAAGUGCACGAGAGUUGGCAAUGCAUUCGCUUGCACGUGUCAAUCGGGGUUUCAACUUGGUGCGGAUGUCAAGUCUUGCGAACAUUGCAAACCCGGCUUUCACAUUGAAGGUGGCGUUUGCGUUGAUGAUGACGAAUGCGAGCCUGAACCGUGCGAGCAUGAAUGCAUCAACACUGACGGUAGCUAUUACUGCCAGUGCUUUCCAGGAUUUAUUGAGUCAACAGAGGAUAUGCACAAAUGUAAAAUGCACUGUGAGAAAAGCAUCUGCCCAGCUGACUGUGAUCCCAACAAUAACGCGCUGUGCAACUGCCCCGAUGGUUUCCUACUUGAAGACCAAUUUUGCGUUGACAUUGAUGAAUGCGAUAGUGGUUUCUGUGACCAUGCAUGUGAAAAUACACCUGGAGGAUUUAAAUGUUCUUGCUAUGAAGGAUACAUGCUUACAGACACGAACAGAUGUAUAAAAGAAGACUUUGAAGGUUCAGGCAGCUCAACGCCUUUUGAUAUUUUUAUACCGACGAGCAGAUCUCCAACCGACAAGCCGACGUCCAUCUCAGCUGGCAGUCUUUUGGGAAUAAUGGUUUGCAUUGUCGUUUGUAUUCUUUUACUGGUCUGCCUCGCUCACUGCAUAAUGAAACGGCUUAGUAAAAUGCACCAUUAUGACGUGGACAAAGGCCACAAUGAAAUCUACGAUUUUCAACAGGUGAUCACUGAAAAACACAGCACAUAACAGAUAUUUCCAAAUCGAUAUAUAAAAAGAGACACUUAAAGUCAGACGCGAAGUGAACUGAAACGUAAAUAGUACAUAAUAGUAAAUAUAUUUUAUUUUGUAUGUAACGAAUAUAUUAGACCUAGACAAUGUUAGAACAAACUGAAACUUACUGCACAUGUUUGAAGUCAUGAAUGUCAGUAUUGCUGAAUGUUGUUGUUUUAAGAGAAUAAAUGCUAUUUUUUAAUAUAA